CUCGAGUUACUGUUUGCGCAGAUUUCUGUCGGUGAAGGAAAGGAAAUAAUUGAUCGACAGCGGCAGGGCAUUCAUACUCUUGAUCUUGGUUCUUUUCUUGCAGUUGUAAAGAAAGCUGAUUAAGAUGAAAGGCGCUGGAACAAAUAGGAGCUUUGCAACCAUACAUAGGGGUGUAGAGAGGGAGUGGGAGAAAUCAGGGUGGAGUUUUGUGUAUUUUGAUCUCAUGCUCACGAUAUCAUCUGCGCCUCUGCAUAAAUCAGAGAGGAUGAGGAGAUAAAAAAUUUAUUUCAAAUUUAUUAUAGCUGUGGAGCAUCUUGGAGCAUAUGAGCAAUGGAGCUUGUGGAGCACCAUUCACAUCGAGGAUUGCUCUCUUGGUUUGCUUCAUGCAAAGGUUGUUUAUUGAAGUUUCUAUAUUAUUAGGAAUGAGUGGUCGUUCAGCUCGCACAAUCUAUGUUGGCAACCUGCCCUCAGAUAUUCGAGAGUGGGAAAUUGAAGAUCUAUUCUAUAAGUAUGGUCGAAUUUUGGAUAUUGAGCUGAAAAUCCCUCCUCGUCCUCCUGGAUACUGUUUUGUGGAGUUUGAGAGUGUUCGAGAUGCUGAAGAUGCAAUCAGGGGUCGAGAUGGCUAUAACUUUGAUGGCUGUCGUUUGAGGGUUGAACUUGCCCAUGUUGGUAAGGGAUCAUCUUCAACCGAUCGUCGUGGUGGUCAUGGUGGAGGUGGUGGACGUUUUGGCAGUGUUUCACGCCGCUCUGAAUAUCGAGUUGUUGUUCGUGGACUGCCUUCUUCUGCUUCAUGGCAAGAUUUAAAGGAUCAUAUGCGGAAGGCUGGUGAUGUCUGUUUUGCCCAAGUUUUUCGUGAUGGUGAUGGAACCAUGGGUCUAGUAGACUAUACAAAUUAUGAGGACAUGAAAUAUGCUAUUCGGAAGCUUGAUGAUUCAGAAUUUAAAAAUCCAUUUGCAAGGGCUUAUAUUCGGGUGAGAAGCUAUGAAGGUAGUCCAGCUAGAAGUCAUAGUCGGAGUAGAAGCCGCAGUAGAAGCAGAAGCAGGAGUAUAAAGAAGAGUCGGAGUAAAUCAUUGGAUGGAUCUGCCUCUAGAUCUCCAUCAAGAUCUAGAUCUGCAUCUCCUGCCAGAUCAAAGUCAAGGUCAAAGUCCCGGUCAGUCUCUCCACACCAGGCGAGAUCCGGCAGUGGUUGAGCCUCCGGUAGGUAUUUUGGAGCAUCAUAUUGUAACGUAUGUGGAUCCCAUGGAAGUGUUUCAAAUGUGAUGUAUUCCUCUCUUGUGCCAUGAUUUCAAGUCAUGACAUAGGUAGUCAAGACAGGUGGUUUUACCAUAUAGGUCGAAGUUCAAGUCACUUUUUGGUUUAUGUUUCUUGCUACUGUUUUAUUAUUGAUUAUUGACUUGUGUAGUAAUUUACAGUGCUCAAAAUAGCCUUUUGACGUAUACAUAUAGACGACUUUUCUCCUCUA